CUGCCCGCAAUUUCUCAGUGUUAUCAUCUUUUCCAAUGUCGACAUUGUAAAGUGUUUUUGUGAAUUAACGGAGCAGGAGGGUGACGGUUUUGACAGGAGCGGUGUUAUGGACCUGAUGGGGAGUCGAACCGGCGGAGGAACCUCUGAAAUCAUCCUCCACACCGGCUGCUGACACAUCGCAGGAUCCCUAUUGUCUCAGUGGAUAAGUCCCAGUGUUCAGAGUGAAAAACUCUAAUAGAGGCGGGUUGGAGAUGAAGAAGAGAGCCGCGUUUUGGUGGAGGAUGCUGCCGCUACAUGUCUGUGACUCCCCCUGAGAGAAGAGGAGAGCAGCCAGUCUGGGGGAGGAAAUUAAAAAAAAAAAAAAGAAAUAAAAAAGGAGACAGAGACCACUUCCACUUGUUUUCUCCACCUUAAAUUAGGCUCUUUUAAUCACACACAAGUGGCGCUUAAUCGGAUUAUUCAAGCGAGCGAUCUGAGAGAUUGUGGUAUUAUCUCCAGCUAAGAUCUCCAUCUGUCUGUUUUGAUUUUCCAGCGUCCAAGUAAAGUGGCUGCUGUGGAGGAUUGUGUGCCAUUUCAACACGGAUAAGGAUGCGACUGAACGAAGUGAUCCGGAUUAUUGGUCCAGUAGGUGAUGUCUGGACAAGUGGACCCUGAGCAGGUGUAACCUUUUUAAUCUUAAUUGCAAAUGUUUUUUUUUAUUACAUCAGAUUGUUUUGAUUAGUUCUGCAUUAAAGGGAAUCUGCAGCAAACCUGCCGAUUAUUCAGUGGAUACAUCAUUUGUGGACUUCAAUUGACCCCUAAUCCCACCUCUCUGURAUCCCUGACCUGUUGGAAAAUCAGAGAACCACUUCAGACUUCCUCGAACAUCUGAAUAAAAUCAUCACCUUUGAUUGCUCUGAGCACCAGAGGGAACUGAGGCUCUGUUUCUCUGAGGCCGGUCUGCCGGUGCUUCUCUCUGGGCUUCAGCCAAACGGGCCCUCUGUGGAAGGGCUGGAGAGAUUUUUGGAGAGUUCCUGCUCCACGUGGACCUCUGCCCAGAGGGCGGAGGACAUCAUGGGGUGCUGUAGUGGCAGGUGCACCUUGGCCUUCAUCUGUGGCAUGCAGCUGGUCAGUGUGUUGGAGCGUCAGGUGAUCGACUUCUUGGGCUACCAGUGGGCUCCCAUCCUGAUCAACUUCCUGCACAUCAUCGUCGUCAUCCUCGGCCUGUUCGGCACCAUCCAGUUCAGGCCAAAAUAUAUCACUGGGUACGCAGCCUGGCUCGUCGUGUGGAUGACCUGGAAUGUUUUCAUCAUUUGUUUCUACCUGGAGGUUGGAGAUCUGUCUAGAGAGUCUGACCUUGUCCUGACGUUCAACCUGUCCAUGCAUCGCUCCUGGUGGAUGGAGAAUGGCCCUGGGUGCCGGGUGACACCCAUCACCCCUCCUCCCUCCUGGGCACCCGAGGACCACCGAUAUAUAUCUAUAUCUGGCUGCCUGCUGGACUUUCAGUUCAUAGAAGUGGCUCAUUCCUCACUGCAGAUACUGCUGGCUUUAGUGGGCUUCAUCUACGCCUGUUACGUGGUCAAGCUCAUUUCUGAAGAAGAAGAUAGUUUUGAUUUUAUAGGAGGAUUUGACUCCUAUGGUUACCAAGGUCCUCAGAAGACUUCCCACCUCCAGCUACAACCCAUGUACAUGUCAAAAUAAACCUGGAAGCUYGUGGAGACGAGCUGCCUCACCAACAGCUCAGAGCCCUGCUUUCCCCACUCUGACCCUCGCUUAACAAAYACAGACACACGAGUAGACAGAGAACAGAUGAUACUCUGCGAUUUCCAAAUCCAACCACCUGGAAAUUUUCGAUCAGAUGUGCUUCUUCUGGUUCCGUCUGCUAGUUGAUGAAACACUGACACYGUGUGGCUGAGAGUGGUAACUGCAGGAGCCACACUGAGACGAUUUGUCUUUAUUACGGAUAACUCGCUCCCCUUUUUAUUCAUUUAUUUAUUUUGUUUCUGUUUUUGGUGGAUAACAGCGUCCCAAAGGAAACCAAAGGGGCGCAAAGAGGCAGAAACUCACUGGUGGUGUGUUUCAUCAGGACUUCCAGGASAGUGAGAGUUCUGCUGUGGGAAAAUGUUUAGAAAGAAUCCCAGAUUUGUUGAGUACUGGUAAAGUUUUACGCAUUUGACCAAAGACUGAAAAAAAAACAGUUCCUGAAGCCACAGCUGAACCUGUUUAACUUUUCUUUGGGACUAUUUUUCGCUCUUGGUGCCUGACACAUAACUUUCUGGACAUUCAGCGAGGGGGACCUGCGUACCGAUCCAAGAAUGUUAGACAUCUCUUUUUUUUCUACUUGUCUUUUUGGUGUGUUUGGGAUCUCACUGCAAGUCGGGGCCUCCAAUUUGAGCACAUCGUUUGCUCUCUGCUCCGUUGUUUCAUGAAUGUUCACYAAUGGCGCGUUGCGUUGCCUCGUACCGCCUCGUACGUGCAUGUGGACAAGACACUAACAAGCAAGCAUAACUGAUCUAUCCCUCUUCUUUUCUUCUGCUAAUGUGAACCGUAAUGUUUACAAAAAGUAAUUUGAGACWGGACAUUUUGAAGAUSUAACGGAUUAGGAUUGAGGAUUUGUUUUUUUGUUUCUGUCUGUGCUGUUGAAAUAUUUUGUCUUCCACUUGAGACCGUCAGAGGUAGAUGGAGAGAGAGAGAUCUGGGCUGUCCUCCUCAGUCACAUCUCUGAGCAGGCUGCUAUUUCUCCUCUUUAGUUUUUAAUAUUCAUUCGUGAUACAAUAUGAAUAAUAAUAUUCAUUCAAAGCAGCUCUAUGGUGCUGCAGGGCCCACUGACAGAAGACAAUCACAGUCAGAGCAGCUAAAGUCUUCACAUAAACAUGAGACAAGAACUGUUUGUUGAAAGAAAAAAACAAUGAUAGUCUUCUAAAUUGAACUGUUUUAGUAUUUAUUACCACUGAGACUGAUAGCUGGUAAAACACUACCUACAGGAGGAAAAGCAGUCCUCGGUGGUCCUACAUCCAUCCUCGCUGGUAGACUAUUUUUACUCCUUUGAGAAGAAAAGACCAAGCAGCUUCCUUCUGUCACCCCGCAACUCGAUUUUUAAAAACGUGCCAACCACUUCACGGACCUGUUUAGCCCCAGAUCGGGACCAAAAACACGUCUAGACAUCAAUUUGCAGGGUUUCCAUAUAAGGAAAUUGGACAACAUUUGUGUUGUAUUCACUGGACCAAAAGUCUUAAAGCCUUCUCUUAUUUUUAUUUUUUUUAUUUUUUUUUGUUGCUGAGGAACACUUCAGGGAGACUUCUGGUAACAUUAAAAAAAACCAGCGCAGUUUCCACCACCUCCAUCCUGCGGUUAUCUUCAGCAGAUUAUUUGUUUUGUAACAAAACUUUGGGUUUAGGUUUCCGAGUCGCUCCGAGACAGGAUUUUGUGUGUUUGCAUGAGGUGUUUCCAAACUGUUGCAUAUUUAAUCUCAUGCUGCGUGUGAUUAACUAGCUUUGUACAAAAAAAAAAAAAAAAAACAAACAAAAACAAAAACAAAAACACAAAACCACAACACCUGGAACUGUUUGGUUUCUUGGAUGCUCCUCGAUUCUCUUUAAAGAUUCUUAAAUGUGAACUUUGUGGGUUUUUUUCUAUAAAUAAGAGUCUGAAGUGUCUGUGGAGUUAAGGAGAAAACUAGCGACUGGUAUGUAAAAAGAAAUGUAACUUUGAUCUUCUAGACGUUUUUUACUCACAUGUGGCCGUGUUUACUGUUUUUUCUAGUUGACUAAUACUGUAUGAUGUUGUGUAAAAGUGGGACUUUUUUGUUUUAUUUCUUCUAACUGUACAGAGUAUUUAAAACGAGGGAGUACGAGGACAGUGGGAGAGAAAAAAUCAGUUGCACUACAUUCUGUAAUCCUGUAAACGUUUGCAAUGGUCGUCGAGUGGAGUUUUUCUCCGUUUGUCAUCUUUGGGUCUCACGUGUAAAAGGAUUCAUGUAUUCUCAUCAGACUGAUGAGCUAAUGGCUAUAAGUCUGAAAACAGAAGUGAAUUAAAGCAACUUUAAACUCAAAAA